AUGAGACCCGAGGCGACGGCCGGAGCCCGGGAGACGCGGGGCCGCGUCUGUCACUGCCCCGGGGACGGUCCCCGGAGGCCGCCGCCACCGCGCGGGCCCGAGAGCCCCACACCAUGGAGACCUUGGAUCCUGCCACCCAGGGGUGCUGAUCUGACCAGAACUGGAAGCCGGCUUGAGCUUGGGGGUGACCAACAAACUUUUGGAUCAAAGGGAGCCUUUGGGUUUCAGCAUCCUGUAAGACUUUAUUUACCCAUUUCAAAGCGUCAAGAAUAUCUGCAGAGUUCCGGGGAAAAAGUGCUGGCCAGUUUCCCAGUGCAAGCCACGAUUCACUUCUACAACGAUGAGUCUGACGGGUCUGAUACCGAAGAUGAAGAGCAAGAGGGAGAAAUCCAGCCCUUCCGUCUUCAGUGCCCAGAGGCAGGAAGUCCAGAGAAAAGUGGCUCAGAGGGCAGAGAGCGGCUAAACCACGGAUCUGGAGGAAGGGGUGGCGUCUGGGGUAAGGGCCAGUUCCCCCAUGGUGACUGUCCAGGGGGCGGCGAGUGCUCUUCACCCAAGUGA